AUGUCUUCCCAGCGGAUCCUACCCUCAGAGACCAUCAUCCAAAGAUCUGGUAGCUCCCUAGCGGGCAAGACAAUCCUAAUAACCGGCGUAUCCGGCCAGUCCAUUGCUGGCGAACUCGCCGUCCAACUAAGCGCUGCAGGUCCCCAUCUCCUCAUCCUCAGCGCUCGAGCCGAGGAAAAAGUCGCCCCCAUCAUCCAGAAAAUCAAAUCCACAGCCCCCAAUGUCAAUACCCGAUUUCUCAAUAUGGAUCUUGGAGACAUGAGCAGUAUUAGAAAAGCGGUGGAUACUCUCUGCGACAUCCCGAAGAUCGACCAUCUCGCUUGUGUUGCAGGUGUCAUGGUUCCUCCGUAUGGAACGACCAAGGAUGGGUUCGAGACGCAGUUCGGGGUGAACUAUUUGGCGAACUUUUUGUUGGUGAAGUUGCUUCUGCCGAAGGUGAGGACUGCCGGGGCUGGAUCGUCCAUCAUUAUUGUUUCAAGUAGUGCAGCCAGAGGUGGGAAGGUUGAUUUUGGGGAUGUCGGGUUUAGUGAGGGCAAGACGUAUGAUCCUCUGGUGGCAUAUAGCCAAUCCAACGCUGCCCGGGUCAUGUUUGUGAAGGCGCUCGCGGAGAAACUGGGAGAUCAGGGAAUCCGAGUCUUUAGCAUUGAUCCUGGUGCCGUCCGUUCCGGCCUGCAACGUCAUUUCACGCCGCAAUUUCAAGAAAUGGUUGCAAGGCUCAGAGCUUCUGGCGGCGCGGUCGACCCUGACGGUAAGCCCAUCGAACUGCCCCCAUGGACCACAAAGUCUGAGGGCGCCGCGACUAUUAUCACGGGCAUGAUUGACCCUACGAUUCGAGGACAUAACGGGGCCUUCCUCCAUAACAAUGCAGUGGCCGAUGACGAGUUGCAUAGCCACAUUCUGAAUCAGGAUAAUCAGGCGAAGUUGUGGCAACUUAGUGAGCAGAUAAUCCACGAGGCAUUUGCUGUCUGA